AUGGAAACAAACAAACUUAAAAAUAGCGUUUAUAAAUACUGCUUUGUUCCACUUUGUAAAAACACAAGUGUAAGUACACCAGAUAAAAUAUUCUUAAAUGUGCCCGAAUCCAAAAAAUUGAGAAGAAACUGGUUGAAAGCUGCAAGACGUGACAAGAAGGAUGUUUCUGAUAAAUCACACUUAUCUUGCUGCGAAGAUCAUUUUGAUAUUGAAAAUGAUCUUGAAAAUUAUGUUCAAUUUAAGUUAAUGGGACUAAAAAGACUUAUAUUGAAAAAAGAUGUUAUUCCACAUAAAUUUGAAUGUCAGUUGAAUUGA